GAGGGGAAAUUUAUUUCAUCCAGGUUUGAAGGACUCUGAGGGAAGAAAUCUUAUUUUUGAUUCUGUUUCGGAUUUGUAAGGUUAUUUAUUUGAUAGCUCAAGAAACCGGGUUAUUGGAACGCAAACAUGUCAACAGCCUUCCCAGGACUUGUCCACGACGCGGAGAUACGUCACGAUGGAUCAAAUAGCUACCGUUUGAUGCAGCUUGGGUGCCUGGAAUCCGUGGCCAACUCGUCUGUCGCCUAUUCCUCGACGUCUCCACUAACUUACUCCACCACGGGCACAGAGUUUGCUUCCCCCUAUUUUUCCGCUAAUCACCAGUAUACACCACUUCAUCACCAGUCUUUCCACUAUGAGUUCCAACACAGUCACCCGGCUGUUAACCCAGAUGCCUACUCACUGAACAGUCUUCACCAUUCCCAACAGUACUACCAGCAGAUCCACCAUGGGGAACCUGCAGAUUUUAUUAACAUCCAUAACGCCCGAGCAUUAAAAUCCUCAUGUCUAGAUGAGCAGAGGAGAGAGUUAGGGUGUCUGGAUGCCUACCGCCGGCAUGAUCUGUCUCUAAUGAGUCAUGGGUCUCAGUAUGGCAUGCACCCAGAUCAGAGACUCUUGCCUGGAUCCAGUUUGGGGCUGCCACCAACGGGAGCCGAAGACCUGCAGGGAUCUGUGGAAGCUCAAUGCGGAUUAGUCUUAAAUGGUCAAACUGGAGUUAUACGCAGAGGAGGAACCUGUGUCGUAAAUCCAACUGAUUUGUUCUGUUCAGUGCCUGGACGUUUAUCCCUACUCAGUUCAACUUCAAAAUAUAAAGUAACGAUUGCUGAAGUCAAGAGGCGUCUCUCUCCGCCAGAAUGCCUCAAUGCAUCUCUUUUGGGAGGAAUAUUGAGAAGAGCCAAAUCAAAAAAUGGAGGUCGCUGUUUAAGAGAAAAACUGGACAGACUGGGUCUGAAUUUACCAGCUGGAAGGAGGAAAGCAGCAAACGUCACUCUACUGACUUCCUUAGUAGAAGGUGAAGCUCUUCAUUUAGCUCGGGAUUUUGGUUACACCUGUGAAACAGAGUUUCCAACCAAGGCAGUGGGUGAGACUUUAGCCAGGCAGCACAUCGAACAGAAGGAGCAGACAGCCCGGAAGAAAAUGAUAUUAGCGACCAAACAGGUUUGUAAAGAAUUUCAGGACUUGUUAAGCCAGGACAGGUCGCCACUUGGAUCUUCUAGACCAACCCCAAUCCUAGACCUCGAUAUACAGAGACACCUAACACAUUUUAGCCUGAUAACACAUGGAUUCGGAACGCCGGCAAUUUGUGCAGCACUCAGCACCUUUCAAACUGUUUUAAGCGAAAUGCUCAACUACUUAGAAAAGCAUUCAGCAAACAAAAAUGGCGGCACACCGGACUCCAACCAGAUUAAUUCCAACUCUGAAAAAACACCCUUGCGGAAAACAUCGGAAACACAGUCCAAAGAUGGAAAGAAUGAAAAAACAGAGUAACCCACCUGCCACAAACCAGCUGGUAACCUACAGUUACAACAGAUUCUAUGCUGCUGAAUAUUUUAUAGUUGUUGGUGCCGUGGAACAAAAACUAUAGAAAGAUUGUAAAAUAUGAAAUAAUGUAAAGAACCAGCUUUUUAUUUCGCGUAACUUUCUUGUGAACCUUAUAUUUCAUUUGUAUUCUUAAUAUUUUAAACACCUACAUUUUAAGUCUUAGAAUGGUUGUCAGAAUAGUUCUCCUUGGUCGUGCCUAGGUCCUUUAUGGGAGACUUUCUAAUAAGGUCAUCCUACUAAAAUGAAGAAAAACGCCCAACGAAAGAUUGUAACAUGGCUGGAGACAGAAAAAAAAAAAACGUAUGGUUUGCUGAUUUAAUUCACAAUAGAUCUUCAGCUCUGACAAGGUAAUAUUAAUCCAAUGUUCUUUUAAAUAGAAAGUUGAAAGCCAAGAUCUUAACAUUCAAAUCCUCUUAGAUCAACAAUAACAAGAUAUAGUAACUGUACUUUCCCAUUAGGGUACAAUGUAUGCUUCUUUUGGGAUACGAAAUGAUGAUGUUCAGAGAACUUUAAACUCUUUUGUGUCUCAUGUGUUAACAUUUGGUGCCUUAUUUGGUUCAACACUGAACCAAUAUGUAUGGUUCCUUCACUGAAUCUUUGCAUGAUUACUAAUUACUUACAUUUUUAAUGCAAUGUUUUUAACACGUGUUAAGGAAAUCUGGAAUCUUCAGAAAAGUUCCCUAUAGAACCCUUAUAAAGAAAUCUUCUAAAACCAUUAAGGACCUUUGUUGUCAACGAACCUUGGAAAAACAGAAAAAAAAAUAAUUUGAAUCCUAGAGGGAACAAAAUAUAUGUUCCUCCUCGCUAUAUUUUUAAGAUACAAUAAGCUAUUUACACUAAUGCACGUUUAGUUUACCCAACAAUUAUUCCAUAAUUUGUGAAUAAAGAACAUGUUUAUUGUGGAUUUAAAAACGUAUCUAUUUAUUUAUUGAUUGAUUUAUUUCCCAUUCAUUUGUAAAGAACACGGGUUAGUUAUUGUGCAUGAAUGAGUUAUGGAUGCUGGACUUUUCCAUUUGCUUUUGGAAUAGAAAGCAAACCAAUCCUUGUAGACGUUAUACCUAAUUGUAAGUUGCAGGUCUAUAUUGCAUUUAGGCCAAGAGGGUCAAUAAAUCACAUCUAUAGGAAACAUCAACUUUUAAAAAGAGAAUGAAAUGGUGGUUCUUGAGAUCAUACAUUCGGGGCCCUAUUUAGUAAUGUUUGCAAAACCCUAAGGCAAUCAGUUAGCGCACCAGAAUCAGGCGCACAGACUUUGCCCACCUAUAUGAUUUAGCAACAGUGUUUUAGUACCCAGCCAGCAAAUCAGCGUUAGCGCUGGACAUGGUGCUGAACUUUAGGGGAGUGUCCUCAUUUAACUACAAAUGUUGUGAUUUAUCAAACCACCAACAGUGUUAGCGUUUGCAUUUCAAUUGACAUGUGAAAACCAGGUCUAAACUGUGUGCAAAUUACAUGGUCGACUAUAAAUAGCCUACUGCUGAAACUACCAGGGAAGAAAAAAGAGAGAGAGAAAAAAGAGAAAUAAAAUAAAUAUGGAGUGCGCACUGGAUUUCUACAUGGCCCGACAAAGAGAGGAGGAGGAGGAGGAGACAAAUAAUCAACAGACAAAUAAUCACUGACAUCUGCCAACUGCUUCAGGCUGACCUGGAAGGAGACAUGCGGAGAGCACACUGUGCCUGUAGCACUAAGGGUAUCCAGUGCACUAACAUUUUAUGCAACUGGCACUUUCCACUGUGGGUUAUACUGCAGGCAUGAGCUACAUGCUGUAUCAUGUGCAGUGCGAGAUGUAACUACAGCUUUAGUAAAGCGGUCAGGAGAAUUUAUCCCUUUCCCUUUCUCUCACAAGCUGCAACAAAAGACAAAGCAGGGUUUUCUUGGGAGGUAUGGGUUUUCUUGUGUCCUGGAAGCCAUUACCAAGGCAGCUCUACAUAAAUCGUAAGGGGACCUAUUCUGUCAGCGUGCAAGUAGUGUGUGAUGCCAACAACUACAACACAAACGUGUAUGCAAACUAUCCUGGCUCCGCUCAUGACUCGUUUAUACUCGCUAAUUCGCAGGUGGCAGCUGCGUUUCAGCGGGAUGACAGUCUGAGAGGCUGGUUGAUAGGGGACAACGGGUAUCCACUGAAGCGGUGGCUACUGACACCGCUGCUCAAUCCCACGGCCACUGCCAAACAGAGGUAUAACCGUACCUUUAAAUGUGCUCGUACUGUAAUUGAGAGAGCAUUUGGAAUCCUCAAAAUAUGACUCCGAUGUUUCGAUGCUCUGGGGCAACGCUACAGUACACUCCUCAGAAGGUUAGCAAUGUCAUCCUGGCUUGUUGUGUUUUACAUAACAUAGCUCUCCAUAAUGGAUGUGAUGUUGAACUUACAGAGGAAAGAUUACAGGGUUUGAGGGAAGCAGAUGCUGAACUUGAAGCCCCAGUGGCGGAAGUUGCAGAUGCUACAAGUGCCAGGCAGGUCAAACAAAGCCUUACAGAUUCCUUUUUUAAAAAAAAAAUCGUAGCCUUUUUCAAGGGCUUGGUCAUCCUCCUCACUUGGGCUGCUGGACAUUUUUAAUUCUUUUUUUUUUUGGUUUCAAAAUGCCCUCAGUUUGCUAUCGCAGAUGCACAGGUGUUCUUAAAGAGAAUGUUAAAUCCUUAUUGGUUGUAACCUUACUCCCACCACAGUGAUUUGAUUGGCUGGGUGCAUGAUUCUGUUUGAUGUGAGUUAGCCCACACAUGCGACCCGACUUCUAAAUCAUGUUUCCAUGCGUUAACGCUGUCAUUUUUACCCGAACAGAAACAGCUGCGCGCAUAUUUGCUAAAUAUAGCCGUAAUGUUUAGGCACUAAAGCCUCUAUGUAAAAAUAAAUAAAUAAAACACAUUUGUGUGCAUUAAAAGAAAAUAACAAGAACUGUCGCAAAGCACAGGUUUGUAGCUCUGAUGUAUUUUUUUAUGGAAAGUGUUUUCAUUUCAAAAUUACUGGUAGCAUAACAAAUGUUACUUAAUACUAUUUUGGAACUCUGACCAUAAGAAUGUAUUUCAUACUUUCAAAACUUUAGUAUAACUAUUAAAUGAUAGUUAUACUAAAAACAAUACAAACCUUUUUGUCUGUGUUUCAGCAAUAUCAAACUGAUUGUAUUUCUUCAUUUGUUCAUUUUAUUUUUGUGUUUAGGUGGAAAGCUGAGGCCACCUUUAAUUAAUUCAAUUAUUUGUUUGUUUUUUGAUUAUUUGUUUGUUUUAUUUUUAUUUUUUAGUUUCUGUAAAAAUGACUAUAUCUUUGUUAAAUGUCUUCUAAAAUUGAACAUAUGCUUUAGAACAGAUCCACGUGCGCCUUUUUGCUUUUGGGAUAUUAUUGAAAUUCAUCACCAGGUAUGGUUUCCCAGACCUAUUUGUAUAUCUUCCAGCCAUUUUGAUGUUCUUAUUUAAACACACAAUAUAAAGUUCUGUUCUAUUAUACUCUCUGAUAUGACAUGGAGAGACCAGUGUAGCUAAUGCUGUGUUAAGAUGUGAUCUGGCUUCAUCUGACUUUAAACAAGAGGAUUUACAUAUAAUAUAUAGUGGCAAAGCACCCCUAAAUAUUAUUUUCAUUAGAAUAAUCUAUAUAGGCAGUGUUUUAUAAUUGUACCUAACAAAGACAUGUUUUGUAUUAUGAGAUCUGUUUAAUGCUCUGUAUAUGAACCAAGUGUACUUGUAUUUUAAUUUAAGUGUGGAUUUGGUCACAAAUAAAACAUGGUCUUGUUUGUUGUCUAA